AUGGUCAAUCAAGAUUUAGAGCGGCUUAUUGCCAUUCCAAAGGUUGUUCCGAGAGUUUACAAGCGACCCUAUCCGGCUAUUUCACCCUUUCGGUCUGAACUGAACCAGGAUGGAAAGACCAUCCUAAUCGCAGGCGCAGCCGAAGGCGUCGGGUUUUUCAUCGCCAGAGCUUUCGCGCAAGCCUCAGCUUUGAGAGUCAUCAUUGUAGACAUUCGCCAAGGACCCCUCCUUGCCGCAGCUUCAAAAAUCAGGGAGGAAAUCAAAGAGAUCAGUCCGAAGACAGUCAUCGAUGCCCGUUUUUGCGAUGUCGCCAAUCUGGACGAGGCUGGCGCACUCUGGUCGAAUCUGCGCAAGGAGGGAAUCACUGUCGAUGUCCUUGUGCUCAGCGCUGCACGUUACGGACCUGGAGAACCAAUUUUGAGCAGUGGGCUUGACAUGAUCUGGUCGAGUUUUACCACAAACGUGAGGGCGGUGCUGGACCACACUGAGCGGUUCUACAAGCAAGAGAAGCACGAGAAGCAGAAGUUCCUAAUCAAUGUCUCUACCCAAGGCAUCUACGUGUGGGAUGCGGAAGGUGCCAGACCUUCGUAUGGUCUGACCAAGAACUCCGGGACGCUCCUAGUCCAGCAGAUCGCCAAGGACGUAAAGCCGGAGUCGAUGCAAAUCAUAUCGUUCCAUCCCGGUGAAGUUUUUACUGAAGCAGCGAGGAAGCAGGGGUUUAGCGAAGACAUCAUCGAGUGGUACGACGGGAAUUUGGGGGGACACUUUGCUGUAUGGGCUGCGACUCGUGAAGCGGAAUUUUUGCACGGUCGCUUUGUCUGGGCUGCUUGGGACGUCGAGGAUUUGCGCUCUGAGGAGUUUCAGAAUCGUCUGAAGGAUCCGAAUUACUUGAAGAUCGGCGUAAAGGGUCUAUGA